AUGCCAACCUAUUCUCUGCCUCUUGCUACUUGGGACUGCUACACGAUUGCGACGCGAUGUGGACAGGAUGUAGCGGACACGCUCUCGAAUCUUGGCGAGUGCGCAUUGAAGGCUGGCCGCACGAAGGACGCCACUGAGUACUACGAGAGAGCGCUCAAGAUUGAGGAGGACAAGUUCGGGGCGGAUCAACCAGUGCUGGGAAGCACCUUUCAUCAUCUCGGGCUUUGCGCGGAACAGGAUGGCCGGACGGACGAAGCGGAGGAACUUUUCCGGAGAGCCCUCGCCAUCGAGGAGAAGCAGAUGGGCGCGGACCACCCGAACGUCGCGGCCACCCUGGCGGGGCUCGGUGCCAACGUCCUCGCGUCCGGCAAGAAGGAGGAGGCGGAGUCGAUGCUAAAGCGGGCGCUGGCCAUCACAGACAAGGCCGGAGGCUGCGGCAGCAGCGACGGCGGCGGCUACAGCGGCGAGGUGUCGACCGGGCCGCCGACGCCGCCGGUCGGCGGCGGCUCCGCGGGCACGCUGCACACCCUCGCGGAGUGCGCCCGCAAGAACGGGAACUACGAGGACGCGCUCCGGCUGCUCGAGAGAGCGCUCAAGAUCGAGGAAGGAGGGGACGACAGGGGUGAUUCCCCGGUCGCGGGCGCGGACGCAGUGCUCGCGACCCUCCGGAAGCUGGCGAGCUGGGCGGGGGAGGCCGGGCGCGACGGGGAGGCGGAGGCGUGGUACAGGCGGGUGCUCGCCCUCGAGGAGGAGGAGCUUGGGGAGGGGCACAGGGACGUGGCCACCACGCUGGUCCUGCUGGGGAGAUGCCUCUCGCGGGGGCAGGCGAGGGUCGAGGAGGCCGCGAGCCUGUACCGGCGGGCGCUGGAGAUCGUGGAGGAGGAGGACGGGGACCGGAGCCUACAGGUGACGAGUAUCCUGCUGGACGUCGGCCUCUGUGCAUUGAUGCUGGGACGCGUGGAGGAGGCAGAGGUGCUGUACACGCGGGCGCGGACUAUCGAGGCGGAGCACCUCGGGGGGGGUGUCGACGAAGUGCAGGCUACGGCGCUAACGCUGGAGAUGUUUGUCCCUCGCGCACCAGUUUGA